AUGCAAAGGACAACUUUCUCUAACAUUCCCACCGAGUUAUUGUUCAAGAUACUAGACCAAGACGAUAUUCUGUCAUCCCUGGAUCUAAUACGUGUUGCAUCCCUUUCGCAACAACUAAAUUUCAUUGCUCUGACAGUGUUCUUUGGUCAGCACGGGAUUCCACAACCUCGAAACACGAUAUCACUGUAUCUCAAUGAUUGGAACAAACCUCACAGUCGCGGAACCACCUUCCCAGACGUCCUGUGUGGCCUGAUGAUUGCAAAUCACCUCGAAACGGUGGAUAAAUUGACAUGUUACUUCCAGGAUCCCCACGUUGGCUCAUCGCGUAACACGUAUCAGGUUCCCAUCAACCUUCCGGUAGCCGUCAGACGGCUUUCCCGUUUCGUCAAGCGGCUCACAACUGUUCGAACGGUGCAGUUGUACCUCGUUUCAGACUCAUAUUUUUUAUUCCGUCAAAAGACCCUCCCGUUGGGCAUCACACUCGCAGAGCUAGAAGAUUGGUCUUGCGCCCUGGGAGAACUUUUAUCCCUGCUCAUUGGGCGUGGAUGUGGUUCGCUCACUGUUCAGUACGAUUCACACAUAGAUCACAUGGUCCAGUUCCAUGCCACUUAUCGCAUCCCACGGCUCUUAUUGAAUGUCGGACAGGCCAUACUUCGAUCAAGUGAUCAUUCACCGCUUCCCAAUGGGAGAUGGGAAUUCCGCAGAGGAGAAAACGGCGUAAAUCUGGGAUCGUUAGGGGGUGAGCUGACCGAACUCAAGUACGGUGUUCGUACUGGUAGCUCACUCCACUCCAUAUCACUUCACACACCCGCUCUCCUCCUCCCGCCACUCUACCGUUGGACUCUGUCCCUCCUUCAAAACAGCAGCUCCCUGACCAGCAUUACUUUUGGACACAUUACACUUCCAAAAACUUUCUGGGAAACUCUUCUUCCAGUCAUGGCCCAAGAGGUGUCCACCAAACUCACCAAACUCGCAUUCUUUCGAUCCUGUUCAAAUCUUACAACGCAUGACCUUCUCAGAUUUAUCUCGCACCUUCCACUUCUAACAUAUCUAUUUCUUGAUCGUUCAUUACAGUUUUCCGCUGAUGACCCCUUGACCAGUGGGAGGAAGGGGAUACAUUCGAUGCAUCUCUUUACAACGCGAUACCUGGUGCCAGAGUUGCCUCAUCUCACGACGCUUCACGCUCCCGCUGACUUUAUCUUUCACUUUCUCAACGGCAAAACAUUUACGAUGGUCGUCCCACUCCCGAAAUUAAAAUACAUCGCCGUUUAUCCAUGCUGCCGACUCUUUUAUCCAUCCAGCUACGCAACGGCUGCCAGCGCCGUAAAUUCGCUCUGUAAAAGUGUGAAGGAGAAACCCCACUUACGAAGCGUAUCUUUCGCUCUCGACGAUCAAAUGGACAACACUGACUUUCAACUUGCCAUGCCAUACGUUGACGCGAGAACGAAGUUUCUGCAAGAUGAGGCUCUGGGAUCCAACUUUCCCAAUCAUCCUCCCAUAUUCGACGACAUCGAACAUCUCAUUUUGUAUAAAUUCGAUAUUCGAGCGAAUGCAGAUUACAAUGAAGCUUUCAUUCGGUGGCUGAAGCACCUUUUCCCCUUGUUAUCUCAACUCUCUUUUACUUGUCAGCUUCCUGCUCGCCCAGAAAACGUAUUGGAGACAGGGCUCAACGUGGAAACAAUCGAGUGGCUGUUAGAGGAACUCAGAAAGCAAUGCAGUAAUAUUCGAAAUUUGGUCAUUGCGCAACGGUUCUUCACGCGAGAGAGAAACGGUUGGAUGGAGCAUGCCAACAGGGAUUAG